CGGCCCGGUGGUGAGUGGCGGGUUGGGGUCCGAGCCGAGGUCCUGGGCACGGUGCGCGGGAGGAUGGUGGCUUGCUCCGGUGAGGUUUCGCCCUGGUGCCCAGCAGAGGCGGUCGCGGCAUGCGAGAUGCGAGCAUAUAGAAUAUAAACCUCUCAAAAGCAUAUAGUAAAGCUAAAGAAGAAGACAAUCAACCAAGGGUCAUCUAUCUGAAAUUGUAAUUGGCUCACUAAUAAUCCCAGGACAAAGUUAGAGAUCACAACUCAAGCCUAAGCCUCCCUUUCCUAAGACCGCCACAAAGAUGUUUGACAUAAAGGCUUGGGCUGAGUAUAUUGUGGAAUGGGCUGCAAAGGACCCAUACGGCUUCCUUACAACAGUUAUUUUGGCCCUUACUCCAUUGUUUCUAGCAAGUGCUGUCCUGUCCUGGAAAUUGGCCAAGAUGAUUGAGGCAAGGGAAAAGGAGCAAAAGAAAAAACAAAAACGUCAAGAAAAUAUUGCAAAAGCUAAACGAUUAAAAAAGGACUGAAGGAAUGAACAGGCUCUGCCACUGGAGAAAACUUACUUGGGAAAUUAUGCAGCUUGCAAGGACCCUCUAAGGUUUCUUGUCUGGAUUUAUGACUAGUAAAUGAAGUUUGAACAUAUGGAAGAUUCAUGUUAGUUCUGACCUCUGGUAUAGCAGCUUUUAAGCUUCGAUACAGAAGUCUGUUGACAGUUAUUGUAAAUUGGCAUUUAUUAUACUGCAAAUUCUUUAUGACUGACUUAGUCAUUUGCCAUUUUGCAGCUUAUCUCCUGAAAUGUAAACAUCCUGUGGGGGGAAAAAUGACUUUAAAUUACGAACUCUAUUCAAAUAAUGGCUCAAAAUGGGGUCCUGUUCUGCAUGAAGGAAACUGAGAAUGUAAAAAUGAAAAUUGUCCUGAGGUGAAAAGUACGCUUUGGCUUAAAAGAGAUCCAGUAUAUUAAUUAUAUCUUUUAUCCUUAUUGCUUGUUUCUUAGAAUCAUUCUGGCUUUCUCAAAGCAAAAUAUUAUUAAUCAAUGAGUACUUCAAUUUUCUGCAUUUUUCUCAUUUUUGCCUUUGAGAUACUGGUAAUUAUCAGAUAUCUUGCCUUUUUAAAAUCAAGUUUUAUAAAAAAUUCUCUUAUUAUUUUGUCUAUAUAGAAUACCACCUACCGGAUAUAACAAUUUUUGUACUUACAAACACUGCCAUUUACUUAGAGAUGAUUUGUUGAAUAGAGUAACACUAUGAUACAAAGCUUGCAAUAAAAAUUCCAAACCUUGUA